UUCCAUGAAAACCUGCCUGCCCAAGGCUCUAUAGGCCCCUAACCGUCACCGUGGAUAUCAACUCUCUCCUCAAGGAUCCCGACUCAAAUGAGUCCUCCAAAUCCCCCCCUCAUCAUACCCGAGCCGCAUCAGUUCCUCUUCCAGCGACCCCAGCCGCCUUGACGACGGCACCCAUUCCCGGACCAUCAUUGUACGCUCCUCCGCGUUUAGGAGCGGUAGGACCAGGGCCAAACUUAGCAGGGGCAGUACCGGUAAAACGCAGCAUGUCACCACACGCGGCGGAAUCGCCUGCCAAGAAACAGAGCAAAUGGACUCAAGAAGAAAAUGACUUGAUUACUAAACUCCGGGGAAAUGGUAUGAAAUGGGACGACAUCUCCAAGAGAUUACCAGGAAGGAGCGCCAUUAGCUGUCGCCUACACUACCAAAACUACCUCGAGAAAAGGAGCUGGUGGGAUGAGGAGAAGAAGAACAAACUCGCUAGACUAUAUGAGAGGUUGAAGCAUGAGAUGUGGAUCAAAGUAUCCCAGGAGAUGGGAAUACCGUGGCGUACGGCAGAGGCGAUGCAUUGGCAGCUUGGAGAGCAGGACAUACAACGCCGUGCGGGAGUGGCACAACCCUUCGUGAUGUCUCCGGUAACGACGGAUGAGCCCCACGGCGGUCCUAGGAUAUCUACACGGCAUGCGCAUUCGCAUUCGCACUCACAUUCGCAAGGCGGCCUUUCUCGGAACGUGACGCCUGGACCUGGAAGAGGCUACGAGCGCGGGGAGCCUUCGACGUCUAGCAGACCUCUUGCGUCGAGGAGGGAGAGCAUACCACGCCACGUCCCCGUAUACCCCGAACACGUACCCGAAAGUUAUGGUUACCACCAACAUACUCCCAUGCCCCUGGCUCCUAUUAAGACAGAAUCCCAGCCUCCUUUGCCAGGAAUGUUGCCGGGAGUCGCGGAGCUCACUACGGGCGUAAGCCCGUAUAACACGAUGGCGUAUUCCAUCCCGAGCCCAAGCCCUGGUCCCAACACCGCGCCGAGCUCUUGGACCACUCACAUGGGUUUCCCGCCGACCCCAGAACCAACCGGCUCGAAACGACGAAGGAGCCCGGAGACUAGCCACCACCUGUCUCCAGACCUAAGGCGAAGACACUUAGAUCCGCGGCAGUGACUACAUGGCAGACAGCCACAGAGCGAACCUGGCCUUGCAAUAAGGUCUAAGGAAAGAACGAGUUACGACAUUUGAUUAGG